AUGUUCGGCAAAGCCAACGAGAAAGACCUCCGUCGGGAGCCGGCUCCUGAGAUUCCGGAGCAAGUUGGCGACAUCAAUGACUUGGAGAAGUACACGACCACCGAAGAUGCCGUCUUUGGUGCCAUCGUCGAGGGAGGACCGAAUUAUCGCGCUGUAGGCACCGCUCUUCCUGCUUUGUCCCGAUAAGCAUCGUGUAUAGAUACAAGUAGCUGACGUCCUGCAAACGUAGCUCGGAUGGAUAGGCACGGCGGUGUUGAUGAUGAAAACACAAAUCGGCCUCGGUGUCCUCUCUAUUCCGGUCGUGUUCACUAGUUUGGGCUUGAUUCCGGGAAUCAUCUGUCUCCUCGCCAUCGCUAUAAUCACGACUUGGUCGGAUUACAUGAUCGGCACGUUCAAGCUGAAACAUCCUGAAGUGUACGGAAUCGAUGAUGUGGGAAGCUUGAUAUUCGGACGCAUUGGUCGUUACGUUUUAAGCAUCGCUUUCAUUCUGUGUAAGUCUUCGUUGUGCAGGAUCCUCACAGUAUCGACCGAAACUGACUUCCUUCUCUCAGACUGGGUCUUUGUCGCGGGCUCCGGGAUGCUCGGCAUUUCUAUCGCCUUCAAUGCGCUAUCGUCUCAUGGUACCUGCACGGCCGUGUUCGUCGCUAUAGCUGCGAUGCUGGGGUUUCUCCUCGCCAGUAUCCGGACGCUGAGCAAGAUCUCCUGGCUCGCAUGGAUUGGACUCUUCUGCAUCCUAGCUUCGAGUAAGUCCUCAUUCCCAGAGAAGUCUCAUGCAAGGCUAAUACGCCGGGUAUAGUCUUUACUCUCACGGUGGCAGUCGGUGUCCAAGAUCGGCCAGCAUCGGCGCCUCGCAAUGGUCCAUGGUCGUCUGACUGGCAGGUUACCUCUUCUCCCACGCCUGCCACGGCCAUGUCAGGUCUGGCCACGCUCGUCUUUGCGUAUGCCGGUACGCCGGCCUUUUUCGCGAUCGUGUCCGAAGUAGGUUCACGGGAUUCCCUGCCUUGCGAAUAGACAGCAUGAUUGACCCAAUGUUAGAUGAAAGCCCCAAAGCACUAUACGCGGUCUCUGCUCGUCUGCCAAACUGUCGUAACAGUCACCUAUCUGGUGAUCGGUAUCGUUGUGUACUAUUACUGCGGAACUGAUGUCGCAACACCGGCACUUGGAUCCGCCGGUGCCUUGGUCAAGAAGAUAUGCUACGGCAUAGCUUUGCCCGGGCUGGUCGUGACGACGACAAUUGUGGUACACGUAAGGAGACGGGAUCGUCUUCUCAUCAUUUAUGCCAGGCUGACAAAGUUCCAGAUUCCGGCAAAAUACCUCUUCGUUAAGAUCCUGCGCGGCUCAAGACACCUCAACAGCAACUCGCCAACUCACUGGGGUGUCUGGCUGGGCUGCACUGCUGGCAUCGCGGUGGUUGCGUACAUUAUUGCUAGCGCGAUCCCAGUCUUCGGUGACUUGGUGUCACUUAUCGGUGCUCUGCUCGGUACACUCAUGUCAUUUCAACCGAUGGGUUGCAUGUGGCUCUACGACAACUGGGGCAGAGAGAAGUCGCAGAGGAAUCUCAAGUGGCAGCUGAUGGUCGCUUUCAGCGUUUUUGUCAUCGUCUCGGGUACUUUUCUGAUGAUUGCUGGCACCUACGGCUCGGUGGUGGCAAUCAUGGUUUCGUAUAACAAGAGCGGCGGAUCGGCAGCGUGGACAUGUUCAGACAACUCCGGCUAG